UACACACUCACUUGCACACACACAAAUACACACAUGUCCAUUCUGGACAAGCGGAGGUCUGUGAUCCUACUCAAGAACAGAUAAACAGAUACGUUUUUAACAGUUACAAGAAAGAGGAGGGAGACAUGUCCUCCCGUGUGGUGAAGUCCAGGAGUAAGAACCCGUACGCAGCGGUGCAGGUGGACCCAGACAGUGACUACAUCACGCCAGGAACAUUAGACCUGGAGCAGCUGUUCUGGACCGGCAGCGCGGUUCAGUAUGCUCAUGUCAACCAGGUGUGGCCCAGUGUUUACAUCGGGGAUGAGAAAACGGCUCUGGAGCGGCCUGGCCUGAGGGAUCUGGGCAUUACACAUGUCCUGAAUGCUGCAGAGGGGAAGUGGAAUAAUGUGCUGACCGGUGCUGAUUACUACGCUGACGUGAACAUCCAAUACUUUGGCGUUGAGGCCGAUGACAAACCCACCUUCAACAUCUCCCAGUACUUCUGCCCUGCAGCCCAGUUCAUCCACGAGGCCCUCGGUCACUCAGAAAACAAGGUGCUGGUGCACUGCGUAAUGGGUCGGAGCAGGUCAGCGACCCUGGUCUUGGCAUACCUGAUGAUGAAACACAGCUUUUCUGUGGUGGAUGCUAUCGAGCAUGUGCGGCGGCGCCGUUGUGUCCUGCCCAAUCACGGCUUCCUCAAACAGCUCAGAGCCCUGGACAUCACACUGCAGGAGGAGAGACUCAGGGGAAAAAGAGAGACGCAAGACCAAUAGUUCAAAACAGAUAUAUAAUAAACCACCUCAGGUAUUAAAAUGUUCAUUGACUAUAGUAUCAAUAAAUUCUGCUUUAUUUUUUCA